AUGGUGGGUGUCUCGUGUGAAACAGACAAUGUGUACCGCGAAACAACCUACACCUUAUCACCUGUACCAGAAGUGUGGGUAGAUAAAAAAUCUGCUUCAAAUGAAUUCUUGACACCCGUGGGCACAAGGAAGACCACAGGAGUCUCUAUGAAAAAGUGCCUUCGCGGAAAAGAGUUUAGAACUACAGGCACACUUGAUACACAUCUGUUGAUCCAUCGACCAGAAAAGCUUCAUACCUGUGACAUUUGUCAGAGAGUGUUUAAACAACAUCAAUUCAUGUCUCACAUGUCAACCCACCACAACAAGAAGACUUACCACUGUACUUAUUCCGGCUGCCACAAAACCUACAACGACCAAAACUCCCUAAAAGAUCACUGUGCGUUGCGACAUGGAGUCCGCAUCACACCCCUUUCCUCUGACAGUCCGACCUCACGCUGGGAGCCGGUGGAUACUCCUGCAGUGUCCAAACAACAAUCGUACAAUACAGAUUUGCAUGGCUUCUUCAACUCACCACGAAAGCUCAUUUCACCUAAUGUGCCAAAAAGUUUCAGUGAUGCAGAACAGACACAUCCCUCUCAGGUAAAACCUUCAAAAAGGCACCCAAGCUGGACAUUGGCGGCAGCAAGUAAAUAUUAUGAUGCCAAGGAGAGAGAGAUGCUGACCAGCACCCAUUGGACCCCAUCAGUACUUCAUACCGUUGAAGAAGAUCCUGUGGUUAUUUCUUUAAAUGACAGUGAUUUUGAAAGCAGUCCCAAUUCCCUUGAACUAUUCCCCAGAAAGAUGUUGUCCCUUGAGCCUAGCAAAGUCACCGCUACUGUGGGUUCUUCUAAUGCAUCUGAAGCUGAAUAUUCUCAGCAGCAUUGUUCCAUCCAGGUGAAACAAACUCUGAACAAGUUAAAGCGAAAGCGCCCGUCUUUCACGUUAAGUCAUGCUGCUUUAUCAUGCCCUGAAACAAAGAGUGGACUGUCACUUAUUGGUGACUUUCCCGACCCUGUCAUCCAAACCCCUUCUCCUGUACCUUUACCCGAAAGCAGGAAGAGGAAGUACAACUCUAAGGAUUCUGAGAAAGUCUUGACUGAUCCUGCCCCGGUUCCUCAGCCCAGCCCUAAACGUUCACAAACGCAAUCUCCCUGCCUUGUCUCACCUAGUCAGGUAGCAUUGAUACAAAAAAAUCACACUUGCGUAUCAUUGGUGAGUUUUCGGAGAGAUAUUUUAACAUUUACAUUUUAUUACGCAGGAGUCGCCUAUGAGGGCAACAGGACAGGAACAGAACUCUUGUAA